CACGAUUAGCGACCAUUUUGUUGGAGGUGCAGUGUCCGAAGCUUUCGAGGUGUUUACGUUUCUGUAACGAACGAGGACAUGGCAUAACUAGUUAAUUAGAUGCGAAACAAAACGAUAUAUGAAUUUCACAUAUCGUUAGGUUUGACUUACUACAAAUACGUCGAACAGAAGCUGUCUGACGGACGGAUUUUCUCGUGUUUUUAGGUCACCAGGCGGAUAAGGCUAAAGUAGGCCUACGUUUAGCUAGCUAACGUGCUAGGUUCGAAAUGGCGGCGAACACCGCUCAGUCAGCACCAGCAGCUAACUGGUCAUUCUCAGGGCCCCCAGGCACAGAACCCCCUGUACAUGAAAACCCAGAGUGGGAGAAGGCUAGGCAGGCCCUGGCCUCCAUAAGCAAGAGCCAGAACACUACUAAGACCUCACAAGCAAACAGUACCAAUGCACAGGCUGGUCAGUAUCCAAUGGGAUCCGACCCAGCUGCACUACGACCGCAGCAGCAACCACCACAACAACAACAACCACAACAACAACAACAACAGCAGCAGCAACAACAACAACAACAACAGCAGUAUUUCCAAUGGUACCAGCAGCAGAACCAGCAGCCAUAUGGAGGAUACACAUAUCCAUACAAUUACUACUACCCUCCCAUGGCUCCGUAUGGCGGAGGUUAUCCUCAAGGCCAGUAUGGUGUUCCCGGGCCGUACCAGCCACCCACUACACCAACAGGACAGCCUCCUGCCAUGCCCAUGAUGGAGGACCAGCCAAAUAGUUACCCCUCUCAACCCCAGCCCCCUCCUCCCUCUACCCCUCAGCCCCCUCCUCAAAGCCCCACUACCCCAGAGAAGCCUCCUCCCCCUCCACCCCCAUCCAUCCCCCCACCCCCCUCUUCCCAGUACCCACCUCCCCCCUCCCAGCCCCCUUACAAUCCCAACAGCAACAUGCCCUACCAAGGGAACUACAACCAUAACCAGCCCCACUAUGGCCAGAGCUACCAGGCUCAGGGUUACCAGGCUGCUCAGUCGCAGCAGGCUGCCCAGUCAGGCCCCUAUGGUGGCGCCGGAAGGCCUGAGGGAGCAAAGAAGCCCAACAACAACAACAACAUGAACAAUGCCAACAAGGGCCAACAAGCACAGCCUCCACUGUGGCAACGAAUGAAACAGGCUCCUGGGGCUGGAGCAGUGAAGUUCAACAUCCCAAAACGCCCGUAUGUGAUGACCAAUCAGGGCUUAACGGCAGGCGAUCAAGCCUCGGCAGUGGCUGCCACCACGGCCGCAACAAUGGCGGUCGCCUCUACCACGGUCACAGCCGCAGCGGCAGGAGCCGGUCAGAAAGGGCCCCAGGACUGGCCCCAGGCCAUGAAGGAGUAUGUGCAGCGCUGCUUCACGGCGUGCGAGUCAGAGGAGGACAAGGACCGCACCGAGAAGGUGCUGAAGGAGGUGCUGCAGCGCCGCCUACAGGACGGCUCGGCCUACACCAUCGACUGGAACCGGGAGCCACUGCCAGAGCUGAACAAGGCCAAGCAGUCGCGAUGGGAGGCGGUGACGCCUCAGCGUGGCCAGGAGAUGGGCCGAGGUGGGACACGCGGAGGAGCAGGAGGCCGCGGCGGCGGAGCUCGUCUGGGCCAUUACAGGAACGUUUUCACCCAGAGGAGCCCCUCAUCCAGCUCCUCCCGCUCCUCCUCACGCUCCCCCUCACCCUCUCACAACCGCCACCGCGACAGAGACCGCCGCAGACGCAGUGACUCCGAUUCCCAGUCUGACAGCAGCUUCUCCAGUGACCGGCUGCAGAUCUCGCGCCGUAACCAGAAAGGUGGGCGUGGCCGUGGCAACGACCGCGACCGGGGCCGGGGUGGCGAGAGAGGAAGAGGAAGAGGAGGCAGAGCCAACAGAGGAAGGAGAAAUGGUGAAGACGCAGGACCCGGCGUGGGCAAGAAGCGCAAAGGCGGGAACGCUGGCCUGGACUUCCACGACCCCAACAGGGAGGCCAAGAAACAGAACCGCGCGGCCCGCUUCCAGACCAAGCUGCGCACGGAGCCGCUGGUGCUGAACAUCAACGCCAUCGACCUGCCCAACGGCACCCAGGAGGGCCUCAGCUGGGAGGACUGUCCCAUCGUGGGCACCUGCCAGGACAUCACCAAGAACUACCUGCGUCUCACCUGCGCCCCCGACCCCUCCACUGUCCGACCCGUGCCCGUCUUGAGGAAGUCUCUGACGGCAGUGAAAGCCCACUGGAAGGAUAAGCAGGAUUACUUGUAUGCCUGUGAACAGAUGAAGUCCAUUCGGCAAGAUCUCACAGUUCAGGGGGUGAGAACAGAUUUCACUGUGGAAGUCUACGAAACCCAUGCACGCAUUGCCCUUGAGAAGGGCGACCAUGCGGAGUUUAACCAGUGCCAGAUGCAGCUGAAGGCCCUCUACAAGGACUGCCCCUCGGAAAACGUGGGAGAGUUCACCGCCUAUCGCCUCAUCUACUACAUCUUUACCAAAAACUCUGGAGACUUGACGACUGAGCUGACGUACUUGACCCCUGCCCUUCGAGAGGACCCCUGUGUCUCUCACGCCCUUGCACUGCGUGCUGCCUGGGCCCUUUCAAACUACCACCGCUUCUUCCUGCUCUAUCGGAAAGCCCCGCGAAUGUCCCCGUAUCUCAUCGACAAGUUUCUAGAACGAGAGCGGAAGUUAGCUCUAGGGGCCAUACUCAAAACGUUCAGACCCACAGUACCGGUGGAGUAUGUCCAGUCUAGCUUGGCCUUUGAUUCACUAGACACAUGCCAGGCCUUUCUGACGGGGCUUGGGGUGACCUACCUUGCCUCUGACCCCACUAAGAUAGACUGCAAAUCCAGUUCAGCCUGCCUGGCUGCUUCCUGAUCUAAUGGGGUGUCUUUUGGGUGAAGGGAUCUCUUGGGUGGAGGGAGGGUUGUGAGCACUUUCACCUGGAGAGAGAGAGAGGGCAAGUCUACAUGAGGGACCUAGAUCAGCACUGCCUAACCUCAGAGAACGAAAGUGUAGCCACACACACACCACGCUGUGAGUAGAUAGGACUCCUCACCUUCUGUUAGGUCUACGUUCACACAGUCUAGCUCUCGCUCUCACCUGCUACAUCAUGGAUACACACACACACACACACACACACUUGUAUCAGAACCCAUCAAGAUUGCAAAGGGAUCACACGGGCAGGCUGCACUGAUCGUACUCGUAGACACAUCCAGACUGCAGACUGAAGAGCAUAGCACAGCACAGGCCCAUCCAUCCAACGCCCAAACUGUCCCAGUUUACCGUACAGUCUACUGAUGAGAUGAGAUGAGAUGAGAUCAGGCCAGGAGCAGAGGCAGAGGCAGAGGCAGGGCACUCUCAGAGUCUCCCAGUUCCCCAGCCCUCCAGGCAGAGCUGUCACUAACCAAAGUGUUGUGUUCUCAUGUCUUUCUUUUCCUCCCCUCAAGCCAACAGCAUCAAAGCUCAAGAGAAGAUAAAAAGCCAUGAAAGUUAGCAAAAGAAGAAGAAGAAGAAGCAGCAGCAGCAGCCUAAAGGAGGAAGAGUUGUGGUGAACGACCAGGCGCCGUGUUGUGUUGGCGGUGUGCGGUUCACGUGUCGUCCUCCUAACCCACAGAGAGACUUUCACUCUUGCCCUACAGUGUUUACAGGAUGGAGCAGCAGCAGCAGCAGCAGCAGCAGUCGUCGUCGUCGUUCAGGAGCCCAGCUGAAGAAGAUGGUGGUUUGUAUGUCCUAACCUGCCCCCCCUCCGCACACCCCUCUGCAGUCUAACCAGUUCCAUCAAUUCAUCAGUGGGGAAGGGAAUGGCUGUCGUUUGCUCUCACCUAUCCCCUUGAUGCGCCCCAACACCUACCCACUCUGCCCUGUUUCCACUGAAGCAGUUUAUUGACUGAGAAUGCCGUGAGGCUAGAAGCUGCCCCGUAGUGCUAGCGGGCCCAUACCUGGGUGCAAAAGCUCCUCUUCCCCUACCCAGAUUCACAACAGGAAAGAAAAGGCCCUCCUUUGCCAGGGAUCCAAGCUCGAGGAAGUGUGCCACCAUGCACCCGCUUACCCAGUCGUCUUUUCCCCUCCCCAAGUAAAGUGAAGUGAGGUAGUAUAGCGGUGUCGCACAAUGGCACCAAGCAUUGACUCUGUAGCUUAUGAUUGCAGUUCACCACGCAGAAGAGGUCCAGUACACAGGCUUGCAUACAGGUAGCCCACCCAUCCACCCACUUAUAAGUGAUCGCCGAAUUAUGAGAUCGUUUAGGAGAGCUUCCACGCUCACCCCUGAUCCUCACUGCAAGUCGUCGCAGGCCACAGUCGUCCUAGCCAGUGUUGUCAGGCGUUUCUCCACCCCCCUCCCCUGCUCACCCUAAGAUGGCCUGCCAGGUUUUCCACCCGCGCAGAAGUCGGAUGCCAACCACAAGUCUUUGGAAAUGGCAGCCGGCGGCAGUAGCUCUGCAGUGGCAUUGUUGGCUGUGGUUUCUACGGGAUGGCCGCAGUGCCGUUGGUAGCUGUGGUUCUGCAAGAUGGCGGGUUGCUUCCCCCCUCCAUCAUACCUCGCUGCCUGGUCCACUCUCCUUGAUGGGCCGCUGCCUGUGGUGGUUGUCUGUCAGCAGGUCAUCGCAAGCUGGUAUGGCUCUCCCAGUUCCAAGUGUGAGCUGGAUUAGAGGGCUUUGGGUUUGUAUGUGCUUCUCUCUCUCACACACACACACACACACACACGCCUGUCCGAAGGCAAAACAUGCAUAUAUGUAUGUGUAUGCAUGUCUUGUCAUGGGUGGAAGGGACUUUUCUGGCUGAGAGGAGCGAGAUGGAUGAUGACGUCGCAGCAAGUACUCCUUGUGUGUUUGGGCUCUUCAAAAAUUAAUUGCCUGCAUCCCAUAGUCUGGAUUUCCCAUUGAUUUCCAUAGGUUUCCAUUAUCCAAAUAUUAUCAAGAGAGAACAUGCUUCAUUGGCCCUUGGCAAGGAUUAAAACUACCAGUUUUCUAAAUUUAAACCAUAAUUUGUUUUCAUGAUUCUAAAAUUGAUGAAUUGAUCAGAAUAAUGACCCUAGUCCCAUACCAUGAAUGCUUCUCCCUGGCUGCUGGAUUACAGUGGGUGUAGGUGGGAUGGGUGUGCCUUUAAGUCUCUGACCAGACAAAGAGACUAGUAUUGUUAUCCAGCAUUUUACAGUGAAAACAGGUUCUCGUGGCUGUUCAAUUAGCUGACUUCAUAUAAAUUGGUAUUUGGUAAAUAAACAGUAUUUUAAAAGACUUGUGAAUCUGCUACAAACAGUGGAUGAAUUGCACAGACCUUUGGCCAGAUUUAGGUCUGAAUCUUAAGAAGUCCCUUACGUAGUCCCAUCUGUUUGGAACAACAAUGUCCUUGGCCAUACAGAUGCAGAUUUUCAUAGCCCCUCUCCUCACAAACUGUACAAUGUAAAAAGUGUAUAAAAUUAUCAUUUUCUUUUUUUUCUUUUUUUUGUACUUCAUUUUUAGAGGGUAAGUUUAUGUGUGUUGGAAUUUAAGUUGACAAUCUUGUAUUGGUGCAUCAGCUUGAAAGCAGCUCGGCUCCUUGAGCCAUUGAGGUUUAUCAAACUUUAUCACAUUUUAGUGAUUAUGGACAGCGAUGGCCUCAUUUUCUGUCGGCCUGAGGCACCAAUCUGAGAUUACACUACAGAGAUACACCACAGCAUUUCUAGCGAAUAAUGCCACAAAUAGACUAACUUUUCUUUACAGGUAAUGUAAUGAACUUGUUUUGUCAAUAAACCAAAUCUUUAAUUUGUGCUUUGGAGAAGAUAUAUUUGUUUCGUAGCAUGCUGUGUUCAUCUACACCCCUCUUAAAUCUGGAUAAUUCAGUCCCCGCCCCAACCUCCAUUCUAUACCGCUAUAUCUUUUCUUCUUUGUGUGUAUUUUCUUUUGACACAUUUGGUAACCUUCCCAAUGUCUUGCAUAGUUGUCUCUGACUUUUUUUUUUUCUUCUAAAUAUGGUAUGGUUUUUGGUAGCACUGGUGAGCUAAAGAUUUGGUUUGCAAGCACCUGCUAUUGCUUAUGUGUGAAGAGAUGCAUUUAAUUUCGUGCAGAUAUACAUUUUCUUCAUCUUGAUUUAUCUAUCCCUUUGUGCAAAUAGUGGUCCAGCAACGUCUUUAACCCCCCUCCCCUCCCUUCUGUGUUUUUCAAAGUAACGGCAACCAUUUUUCUUUUCUCUUCUUUCAUCGGGAACAGUUGGUGCAAUGCAAAGAUAUUGUUUUGCCUUCUAUUCCUCUGUGUACCAUCUUCUUUUUGUCAUUGUUCAUUGCUCUCCUACUUACAAAAUUGUUCGUUGUCUCUGCAGUUGUCUGCACUUUGGCAGCGAAAGGAGGCUUCUAACUUAAAAGGGGGGCAACACACCGGAAGACAGCUGGAGUUGCUGGCAUUGGAAGAUUUGUCAGUAGCCUAACUUGUCAUGUGUGAAGUUAAAAAUAAAUGCAGAUGCAUAUACAUGUUGUCAAUGUCACUCUUAUGCUUAUCUGGUUUAGCUUGUUUACAAUACUGCUCUUGUAACAAGGCCGAUGGGGUGAAAAGCAAGUUUAAAUACUCAUAAUUCCCAAGUGUCCCCAUACAAAGUUUUAACUGAUUAUUCAGGAAUAUCUGCAUCUGUGGCCCAGAUUUUUUCCUUUCCCCAUCUGAUAAAUUUGCUGUUUUAUAUGGUACUGCAGUAGGCAAACCAAUUGACAUUUGUUAGCAGAAAUGUUAUUUGUUUUUUUGUUGUUUUGUUUGUUUUUUGUUUUUUAAAUAGAAUUUAUUUCCCUGGAGAUAUCCAGUGAUUCAAUGGAUCUGGGCACACAGUAUUCAAAUAUGGUUAUGUAACUUUCUUCCGGUCCCAUCAGUUAUUGUUUAUUUUUAUAGUCCGUGGGUUUGCUUUCUGCAAUUAAUCUGAAAAUAGAUUUUGUUUUUUCGUCAUUAACUGCUCUCUGUAUGUCACUCUGAUAUUGAUUGUCCCCAGGCUUUAUUCACCCCCCAUCCCUUUCCUUCGUGCUAUCAGACAAUUCAUUUUGAGCAAAUUCAUAAUUGGCUUGCCUGACAUUUUGUUUGAAGUAACCCCCUCCAAAAGGAAAUGUCUAUAUGUUAAUACCUGUGUGCUUCCCACACUGUCUCUGUCAACAUAACAUCAAUCUUGCCAUCAUUGACUAACAUCACCUACCUACCUACCUCUAAACUCCUUUUGAAGAUUAAGGUGUAUCUUCUUUCAGAUCCAUGUGUUAGUAUAAGUGUUGUCGUUUCCCAUUUUGUCCAGCGGUUUGAUUGGCAUUUCUUUCUCAAAAUUUUAACCCGCAUGCCACGCCAUGUACAUUUUCUCUACCACAUCCCCUAGUCCUUCACCUUUUUUCUUUAUUACUCCCAUCAUUCAUUCCACUCACUGUCUUUCAAUCGGUUGUCUCAUCCUCCCUUUUCAUUCUUUGCCCCCUCCUCCUGUCCACGCUGAGUAUGUGUUGAGUAGUUUUUGCUGAACAGUAAUGUUGGUACUACUAGCACAUCCUCUGGGUUGUAAGUAUGGCUGUCUGUUCUGCUUUGGUUUGGUGUCUUGUUUCUCUUGCAGCUGACUUCCUUGGCUGGAUGUCCUUCACCCCCGCCCCCCUCCUGGAAAGCAUCCUCAUCCCCUCUCCUUUUUCAUAAUGCUGUUUAUUAUGUAAAUACAAUGGUGUUGUACAUAUGUAAGUUUUCUUGGUUCUUCAAAAAUAAGAAAUAAAGGAAAUUUAGAGAUGAAUAAGGAUUGUCAUUGUCGUGUGUUGAGAAGUGCUUAGUUUUUAGUAUGAAAAACAUGUCGAGUGGUUCCCUUUGGGAUAAUAAAUGUGAAUGGAUAAAUUAUUUUUUCAGGAGGUGUAUGGUAAAGUUCUUGGAUACAUUUCUGAGAGAAAUAAAGGUGAUGAUGCACAUAGGCAACUUUUUGAGCAACACUAUUGGUCAAAAAUACCGUAUGAUUUUAGUUUCAGUUUAUCACUACAAACACUUAUCAGGACUUGGAUCAGCAGACUUUUUUUCCAUCAGAAAAUUAGGAGCCAAUCAUGUAAUUUCCAAGCAAUAUUGCUCAAUUCAUUGCCCUGUGUAUCACUUAAAUGUUGUGAAAAUCAUCACAGAAUAGAUAAUCAGAAUAAUCUUGUAGAGCAACCUGAGCAGUGCCCAUAGGCCGAUAACCUGCAUACUAUGCUACAUUCAUUCAUUCAUGCAUGCAAAAGGAGACCCAACUAAGCGCUGGGGAGGACAUGAACACUUUAAAACUAAUACUUUUCAGAAGCCUGAUAUUUUCUGCUGACUCAAACCUAUUUUUUUUCUUAAGACUGCCAAAAUGAAUUGCAAGACAUGAAGGCUUAACAGAUUUCACUCAUAAUGAAUCUAUACCAGGGGUGUCAAACUCACAUUGACUGAGGGCCUACAUCAAAAUCUAAAAUGAAGUCACAGGCCAAACUCAAUAUUUAUUUUAAAAGAUGGACUAAAAUUCUGCGUGGAUGCACUUAAUAUUCAUAGUUAAAUUUAACACCCAUUAUUUCCCAUCGUAAAUGUAGUUCAAAUGUGCCUGCACACAUUGUGUUGCAUAUGAGUGUGAGCUGUGACAUUGGCCUGGCCCCACUCAUAUUCCUGUGACACAGCAAAUUUCAUGUUCAAGUCUUGUUACGCUAUACAGUAAUGGUGUUAAUGGGCCAACUGUAAUACACAUUUGAAAUGAUGUUAAGGGCCGAAUAACAUGACUCAGCUUUUAGAUUUUAUAGCAUAUGAGUACAUAUGUAUAACUUAUGUUUGUAAAUCAUACUAUGAUGUGUGUGUGCAGGUAGUGCCAGGGAUUCAGAGUGAAGGAGAGUAUAUGGCACCACAAGAGGGCGGUAAAAGACUUAGAGACCAGACCAGUUCUCCAUUGCUGUUCCUUUAUUUCAAGGAAAAAGCACAUCUCAACCACCUUAAGUGCUGAACAUGUUCAUUACAGUCAGGAUGUAUUCACCUACUCAUCUGUUACUCUUGUUUAGUGCACUUAGGAUUUCUCUUACUACCAUUGGCCACAAUACAUGAUGAUUGACAGGUCGUGAACAUCUCUAUGCAGUUACCCGGCGAAGAGAUCCCACACUAAAUAAAUGAAGACGAGGAUCAGUCACAAUGAAGGAAUUACAAAAAAGAACAA